CAGUGGUUCCAUAUGUGGAAGGUUUAUGCAUAUGCUAUAUAUGAGCCUGUUCCCUGCUCAAGGAAUUAAUUAUAGCUAGUAGAUGCAUUAUAGCUUCUGUUUCUAUUAUUCGUGAAUGGAAUUAAUUUAAUACCGAAUGGAAUAUUUACCGUGUGAUAUUUCUAUAUAGAUAAAAAAAUUGGAAAUUUUGGGAAUUAUGGAUAUUCAACACACAAUAAAUAUGCUGAGCAUGUCUUAAAGUGGCAAUUUCGACAUUUCUCAGAAUCAAAUGCAAAAACAUGGCCGAAAAUAUUGAGAAAACACUUUCAGGAUGUCGAUCAGUGAUGAUAAGAACAGUACUAAGAAUUAUGAACUGAUAAAAAAGCUGUGUGAAUUUGUAGACAAACAUCAUUUUGGGAAUGCUUAGCAUAAAGCUGGAGCUCUGAAUUAUCUACAGUUACAAGUCAGAAAUAUGAGGUGACUCUAGUAGAGGGUCCUUGAUGAUAUUUAAAAGGGACAGACUGAACAGUUAUUUUGCGAAAUGUCUUGGAUAACUAUAACAGCGCUAUUAGUAGAGGAGAAAGCCUUCGUCUUAUUGGACUGGUGGAGUUACUGAGGCAGUACAUUUUCGCUACCCCCUUGGUAUGGCGGAAGGGGGAGGGUUGGGGAAUGAAGAAUGGACCACACCCCAGACCUACAUUGUGCCAUAUGGACUGUACCUAUGGAUGAAAGACUUGGAGAGGCGGAAAGUGGAUGCAGAAAUCCGGGCAGAAAAUGCAGAAGAAAAGUUGCGCGUAAUGGAACAGCAGCUUGCGGCAGUCAACUGGCAGCCGGGAGAUUAUGAGGAGCAUAUCCGUGACCUCGAACACCAGUGCCGUGACAAAGACAGACACAUACGUGAACUCGAACACCAGCUUGAUGAUCAGCGUUGCCAACGACAACAGGAUGCUCAUAGUGUGGAGGAAAAGGCUGUUCGAAUAAAGGACUGGGUGUCCGGAAAACUCUCACAGUUGGAGAUGGCGAACCAUGAGCUACAGUUGAAGAACGAGAUGCUGUCAGACCAGGUGGAAACAUUGAGAGAGAGGCUACAGGCCCUUCCAGCCUCCGCUGCCAAACACAUACAUGCCAUAACUGCACAGCCUAGUGAACACACAACCACAUCUGAAUGUCACAUAUCUACCUCUCACCAGGAAGUCACCAGGGUUACAGGGUCACAGAGGUCACAGCCUCAUUCCCAAUCAGACCAAUUAGAAGCCAGAAUGGUUGUAGUGCCACAACCUCAUUCUGGACCUGGCCAAUCAGUAUUUAGCAUUUCAAACUCUCAGGAAACUAAUGGAAAUACACAGGAUUUUAAUUACAAGGACACAUUCGAAUUAAACAGUAACUCCAGGCCAGUUUCAGACUUUAGCUCAGUGUCGUGUUCAAGGUAUAAAGAGUUUGGGUCAAGGCCAGUUUCGAACAUGACAGGCUCAAGGCCCGAGUCUGAAUUACAGAGCUCAAGACCAGAUUCUGAAUCCACAUUUUCCAGACGUAAAAGACCCUCUUCCUCAAUUAUAGAAGCCUUAGAGUAUGAGAGUGAGCUCUUUACCUGUGGCCUUGACCCAGUACAUAGACUCUCUGAUGGGGAUAGGACGAGUCCACUAUUUGACCUGGGUGAUACAGUAUCAGAAAAUGGAAGUGAUGACAGCAUGGCUGAUAUUGACUUUGAUCCCCUGUAUCAAGAGGUGGAUCAAAAUCAUGAAAGUGUUUAUGAGCCUAAGAAAAAUGGUCCACCUCAGAUACGAAUAGAGCGGAAAAUCUUCCAAGAAAGGAUGGAUUCCUUUGUGAGUUCCAGUAAUGAUAGUGAAGAUAUGCUGGAACGUAGGCAUCCAAUUUACGCAACAGUUGACAAGAAACCCACUAUGCAGGUGGAACCAAUGACGAGAAAUGCAAUUUUCGCGCCCCAGGCACGAUCCUCGGGCUUCAUUCUAGAGGAUGACACAAUGAUAUCACCAGAGAACUCAACUCCAUUUACUCUCACCCCAUUGAGUGCAUGCUCACCUCAUUCCUCCAUCUCAAGGUCAUCUCUAGGGUCCCCAAGGUCACCUGUUUCAGGGAGGUUAAGGACAAGCCCACCAUUUUCACCACCCCCUCACCAGCACCAUUCUCCACCCCCUCCCCUUCAGCAUUCUCCAGUGUCCCCGUCAUUACAUACUAGUACCUCCCCAAUCACUCCUCAACUACCCGACCUCAUCUCAUCACCACCGAACAACCAAUCAGGCGAGAGAAACCAACAUUCCUCACAGUCUGUGCAAAGUUCGAACAAUGUCUCAGCGAUAGCCACUCUACCUCGACGCCAAAGAGAAAAACAUAAACCACAGCCUCCUGUACACUUUGAUUUCGAAGAGCCGAUAGCUUCCCGAUUAGGUUCGGUACCUCGAGGGGAUCAGGUGGUCUCUGCUGAGGUCCAUAGUGCUCCAGCCACUGUAAGCAGGCAGGCAUUGCGCAGCAAACAGACAUCACCGACUGUAGCAAGGGCCAGGCUUAAUACUUGGAGUACAAAAGCUUACCCGUCUGUCCAGAAAGACAAAAGGCAUAAUGGAGCAGCAUUUUCAGAGCAUUGUUCCGCCCGCGACCUGUAUCGGGAUCUCAGUGUGCCCGUGUACGCCACAUUGAAAGGGAAAGCUCGUCAGAUCCGCAACACGCCCUUCACAGAGGAGAGUGCAGAGUCGUCUGAUGAUGAGUGUACGACAGAUGUAGAGGCAGGAGCACCAGCCACUCCACGCACACUCGCACGACGUUUAAACACCUCUAGCACUGGUGCCAUCAAACGGGGAGUGUGUAUGCGACAGUUGACUGUAUCUGAGGCAUCAGGGGACUACGCCAGCCCACCAGAAAAUGUCUCUGUUAGCAGCGACUCUGACACAUCUGAACCAGAACAGAAGCUCCUCAAAUAUGAAGAAAACAAACAUGACACGUUGGACAAGUGUGGCUACCUGUCUAAGCUAGGAGGCAAGGUGAAAACCUGGAAGAAGCGCUGGUGUGUGUUGAGAGGCGCUGAACUGUACUACUACAAAUCACAGCAUGACAUGCUCAAGAAACCUCAGGGCUCUAUAAAACUGGAUGACCAGACCAAGAUAUCCAGAACUCAUGGGGAACUCACAUUUGAGAUAACGAAUGCCAAACGAACCUACUACUUGUCUGCAGACACUUACACGGAGACGGACAGAUGGGUGAAAGUGCUUCAGAAGGUCUUGAAGCGACAGGCUAACAGCUACCUGCUUGACCAGGUCGAAACCAAGGCUGUUAUUCGUGGAUACCUCACCAAGGUGAAGAAUGGUGUGACCAGGAAGAGCUGGUGUGUGUUGCUAGGCAACUUCUUCCUCUACUACCGUUCUUCUAACAACAAGACGCCAUUUGGCCAAAUUGACCUGCAAGGUUCGAGACUCGAGGAAGUGGACACGCCCUCCGAGUCUGAUGAUGAGGCUGACAUUACCAUGGCAACCAGACAUGUGAUAGCAAUAUGGCCGCCCUAUCAGGGACCCACAUACCUCAUAGUACCAACCAAACAGGAAAAGGAUUCAUGGCUGUACCACCUGACGGUGGCCGCGGGAGGCGGCACAGGUAAUGUGGGCACGCAGUACGAGCAGCUCAUUGCCAAAUUGAUGCAGGUGGAGGGAGAUCCUAAUUGUGUGUACUGGAAGCACCCUGUGUUGCUACAUUCCAAGGAGCCCCUAACAGGGCCUCUCACUACUCUCCCAUCCAAACACCUCCAGAAACAGGCUACCCAUCUGUUCCAGGAGGUUCACCAGUUCAUGUGCACCGUGAUAGAAUCUCCCAGCCUGGAUGUACAUGUACACUUGGCUCAGUCCAUUCUUCAGCAGUGUAUCCACCAACCCCAGUUGCAGAAUGAACUCUACUGUCAGCUGAUCAAGCAGACGUCAAGGCAUCCUGUACAGAACAGGUCAACUGUGCAGAACCUAUUACUGUGUGGAAAGCACUCCUGGUAUCUGUGCCAUGCCUCUCCCACAUCUCCCACUGGCUCUCUGCUUGAUGUGACGGCCGAGUCCAAGAUGAACCCCCCGUCCUACGCGAUCACUCAGGGCUGGCAACUCCUUGCUAUGUGUGUGCCGCUCUUCCUGCCGAAACAGUCUAUCAUCUGGUGGCUCAAGACACAUCUACAUAGGAAUGCUGACCAUAGGUCAGACACGGGAAAGUAUGCAAUAUUCUGUGAGCGGGCCCUAGAACGAGGCCAACAGAACGGUUUACGGGAGGUCAAACCAUCACGUAUGGAGGUGAUGUCGAUACUUCUCCGCCACCCGUACCAUCAUUCCCAGCCUAUCAGCAUUCCAGUACACUUUCUCAACAACAGCUAUCAGGUGAUCAGUUUUGAUGGGUCGACAACCAUUCAGGAGUUUCAGCAGGCCAUUAACAAGGCGCUCGGAAUGCAGGAUUGCUCAUACUCUGGUUUUGCGCUCUUCUCUGACGACCCGAUAAUAGCGGACAUGGAGACGUGCCUGCAGAACCAUAUCAAAAUUUGUGAUGUGAUCUCAAAGUGGGAAGAAUGUUUUCGAGAAUUUCAUGGCGGCAAGGCGGAAAGUAACCGCACUAUCAAACUCCUCUACAAAAACAGACUUUACUACAAGAGUACAAGUCGAUUUGAAACAGAUCGGGAAAAGCUGCUCCUAACUUACCAGAUAAAUGAAGAAAUUGUAAACAGCCGGUUUCCGCUGAAUCGCGACCUUGCACUAGAGCUCUCCUCGUUAAUGGCGCAGAUCGAAUUUGGGGACAUGAAGACGGGUGACAGUGGACUUGCUCAGCAGACAAUACAGGUGCUUGACAGGUUCUACCCACGGAAAUAUCGGGACACAACUGAAGAGGGUCAUAGGUUACAUCAGGAGAAGCUAGUGGAACGAUGGUUGUCUUUACGCGGUCGCAGUAGCCAGGACUGUGUGCGGGUGUACUUGGCUGUUGCCCACAAGUGGCAGUUCUGCGGGGCAAAACUCUUUCUCACAAGGGAGCGUGAGUCAAUGUGCCCUGAUGAUAUUUGGCUGGCCAUACAGGAAGAUGGAGUAGCUAUCCUUGAAUAUUCAACUAUGCAACCAGUGAGCCAGUAUGAUUAUCGGUCAGUUGUUACAUUUGGUGGUUUUAACGAGGACAUGAUGAUUGUUGUCAACCAGCUGAUAGAAUCUGCGCCACACCACUACGAGCACCACACACAGAAACUUCUCUUCCUUAUGUCCAAACACAAGGUAUUAGAGGUUACCCAUUUGAUAGCGAGCUACAUCAACGCUCGAGUACAGAGGCACUCCCAGGAACCAAAUGGAGGGAUUGUCGUCUAAGACAGUGACAUUGUCAUCUUUAGAGUUGACCUGUCAUCUGUGACAGUCAUGUUGCUGCCUGAUAAACUGAGGCAGUUGUCUGAUAUAAGGACAUUUUAUCUGAGACGGUCACAUUGUCAUCUGUGACAGUAACAGUGUUGUUGUCUGUGACAGUCACAUUGUCAUCUGAGACAGUCACAUUGUCAUCUGUGACAGUAACAGUGUUGUUGUCUGUGACAGUCACAUUGUCAUCUGAGACAGUCACAUUGUCAUCUGUGACAGUAACAGUGUUGUUGUCUGUGACAGUCACAUUGUCAUCUGUGACAGUAACAGUGUUGUUGUCUGUGACAGUCACAUUGUCAUCUGAGACAGUCACAUUGUCAUCUGUGACAGUAACAGUUUUGUUGUCUGUGACAGUUCCAUUGUCAUCUGAGACAGUCACAUUGUCAUCUGUGACAGUAACAGUGUUGUUGUCUGUGACAGUCACCUUGUCAUCUGUAACAGUCACAUUGUCAUCUGAGACUGUCACAUUGUCAUCUGUGACAGUAACAGUGUUGUUGUCUGUGACAGUCACAUUGUCAUCUGAGACUGUCACAUUGUCAUCUGUGACAGUAACAGUGUUGUUGUCUGUGACAGUCACCUUGUCAUCUGUAACAGUCACAUUGUCAUCUGAGACUGUCACAUUGUCAUCUGAUACUGUGAAAUUUUUGUCUGGGACAGUCACAUCAUCAUCUGAGAUGGUCACAUUGUCAUCUGAGACUGUCACAUUGUCAUCUGAUACUGUGAAAUUUUUGUCUGGGACAGUCACAUCAUCAUCAUCUGAGAUGGUCACAUUGUCAUUUGAGAUGGUCAGAUUGUUGUCUGAUAAAGUGACAUUGUUGUCGGUAAAAGUAAAAUUAUCAUCUGAGACGGUCAUAUUGACAUCUGUUACUGUCACAUUGUUGUUUGCACCAGUCUCAUUGUUACCUUAUCUUCUUGUCAGAGGCAUUUUUAAACAUCUUCUGAGACAUUGGCCUCACCAAAUAGUAUUGACCGUCUCAUUAACGUUGUCAUUUGCUAUACUCUGAGACACGGUUUUAAUAAUGUCAAGAUCGUUAGUCUCCAAUUUUUCUAUGAUAGACUGAAAUUCUCAUUUAAAGAUGGUAUCACAAUUAUGCCUAUCAAGUGAUGGUGUGACAUUAUGUUUCACGGUCGCACAAUAUGUCACUAUGUCUGUCUUAGUGGAGGCUGGUCUAUACAUCAGACACAUUCAAGAUAGAAACAAGCAAUAUCAAUCUAGAACCAGCUUGCUAGAAACAGCUUGCUAGAAACAGCUUGCUAGAAACAGCUUGCUUUUUUGGAGUUGUUUAUUUAUACACUUGUAAAGUUGAAGAUAGUAUAAAGUCUUCUUGCUAAUGCAAACCAUUUUUGAUGUUUAUUUUGUUAAAAUUAUGUUAAGCAUUGCUUUAAAAUAAUCUAAACUGUAGGUGUAGAAUUCAUGUCCACAUUGAACAUAAAACUGAACUAUUUUGUAUACAUGGGAGUUAUGCAAUUAAUGGAGAUGAAGCAAGCGUUUAAUGCUUUUUCAUUUAGCAUUUAUACAAAAGGUAGAAAUGUUGGCUCCGAAAAUAUUACAUAAUUAUAUGAAAUGGUUUUACUUGAACACCUGUCUCUAAUGAUGCAUGCUAUAUUGCCUGUGUUUGUCGCACAAUGUGUCUUGUUUCAAUGAAUGUUACAGGGUCUUAUUAACUUUUACAUAUUUACAUAUUUAAAGGUCUCUGUAAAAUCACUUAUCUUGUGUCAUUGUAUGCCAUUGUUUGUAAUUUAUUUCAAUUGGCUAUAAAUUAACUUUGUAAAUACCAUAAGAAUUUUGAAAUAAGGAUACUAUUUAUUAUUCAGAAAUGUGGUUUCUAUUUAAUUUUUGUUAACACAGUAUUUAAUUGUGUGUGUUUUAAUUAUCAAUUAUCUGUGAUGUUUUGAAUCUCAGUUUUGCAUUUUAGAUAAUGUUGAGUUGCAAUAUUAAUGAUACCAGUUUUUGUUGUAUGUUGUUGCAUCUAUUUGUUUUACGCGAUAUAUUUUGAAACAGGUAAUUAAUUGGUUAAUAAUUGUUACAUUUCAUUUGACAAGUUUCAGAAAAAAAAAAAUAUACACUAGGUGACAAACUCACUGAAACAAUACAGGUUAAACUACCAUGUACAUUUCUUAAAUAUCUUGUAAGUUUUACAAGUUUACGUAGUUUAGAAAACUGUAGAUGUUCACUUUUAACAUCAGUAGAAAAUUUCAUUUGAGGGGGAAAACUGAUAACAUAAAUGGCAGAAUGGUUUAUACUCAGGGAAUACACUUUGUUACAUUUGAAAAAUGUAGGUACAUAUGUGAUGUACAUGUUGCCUAAAUUUGAAUAAAUGAAUGUUUUUUUUACAGUAAACUUUGAUAGAUUGUAAGAUUAUUUGACGGGGCCUAUUGUUCAGAACAUUGUUGAAGUUAAAAACAUGAUCAAGGACAUCAUUUUCAAAUUGUUUAAGUGCACUUGUAAUUUGCAGUGUUUUUAUUAAUAUUUGGUACUACUGUUUCAGCUGUACUUGUUUAAUUUGAAUAUAUUAACACAUCAUCAAAUAGUUCAAGUUUUAAAGUUAACAAGGAUCUCGUUAAUCACAUUGUUAACUUUAACAAAGUUCUGAACUAUUGAACCCAUGUCAUAUUUCUAUACAUACAGUUGUUGAUUGUAUUGACAUUAACUUUUUCACAAAUGCGGUAUGUUUGCAAUAUGUUUUUUUUAUAGAUAAUACUUGUAUUUAUGUAUGAAUGACUAGCCAUACUUGAGUUACUCUUAAAUUGUUAAAUGAAGUUGUUUCAACCUGUGCAUUGUUCAUAUUUCCUUUUGGUUUGAACGGAUCAUGAAAUAUGCACGUAAAUAUGAUAAAUGCCAAUAAAAUUUGACUGAACUACAAA